AUGAUCGCGGUGACUCGUGCCCUCCGCCGCCCCAUUGGCACGGUGGUUUGGAAUACUGCUUCGCCCGUGUCUCGGUGCUUAUCCUACAAGUAUGGAGGCAAUCCGCCGCCACCACCGCUGCUGCUGCUGCUGCUGCUGUCGUCUGCUACCAAUGCGAUACCGCAAUCGGGGCUGGGGUCAGCGCCACCGCCGCCGCCGCCUAAAUACAACUACACGUACCAGUUUCAGCAACCGUACCGGCCUCCGCCCAAGCGUCUGCACAAGUUUUUGAAGACGGUUAUUGGCUUAGGCGUGGUGCUAGCGUUAGGCUACUACUUCUUGUGGCCUCACCACACGUUCCCCCCGGAAGUGGCGACAAUUCUCCGCAAAGGGUUAUGGGCCGAGCUGGAAAAGGGGGAGAACGACUACCAGUUGGCGCUCAAGUACUACCUUGAAGCGUUGGCCAAGUGUGAUGAGUUGGGCAUGGAUAAGUUGCUGGACGAGUAUACCGGGAUCCAGCUUAAGAUCGGCGAGAUGUUUGAGCGGUUGAACAUGAUGGAGGAUGCGGCGUUCAUCUACAAUGAGAUUGCCACGUUAUACCUCAACGUGUUGACGGCAAAUAAAGACUCUGCUGAAGGUAAGCGGAUUAAGCUGCGGGCUCAUCGCCGUCACUUGAUCCAGAAGGAAUUGCGCAUGGCGAUAAAAUUGGCGGAAAUGAACAGCGAGAGCCCUCAACUCGCCAAGGCGAUCCUCAUCACCAAUUUAGUGAUUGCCCAGGACGAAGUGCUGCGGUCGCUUGGCGCCCAAGGGGGGUUAUCCCAAUUGCGUUCUUUGAGCUCGGGAACUAAUCAUACUGCCGAAUUGGACGAAGCGAAAAUUGUCAUUAAAGAUAAAGAUGGCAACCAGACAGUGAUCAACAUGACCCCCGAGGUGUGGGAGCCGUUUGCCGACGAGUUCUUUAAUGCCAUGGACCUUCUUGGCGCCAUCUGUAUCGCCAUGGGCGACUUUGACAUGGCAACCCGGGUGAAGAUCUCGAUGAUUGAGCUGAUGCUUCUUGCCGACGUGCUGCCGGAUAAGAUUAUCAUGCUGCAAUGCAACCUAGGCUCGUUAUUUUACAUCCAAGGCGAAGAGUACGAAGCCCAGGAAUUGGCGUGGCGGAAGAAAUUCGCCGAAAAAGCGGGUGUGAACUUUAAAGAUGUCAUCACCGAGCAGAAAAUGAUGCAGUCACCCAACUACGAGGAGCUUCAAGCCAAGUUCAAGGCGGCUGACAUCCCUGAAAGCGACAUGAAAGCGUACAAACAGGCGAUAACGCUGAAGGAGCGCUGCAUGAACUUCGCGAUAAAACUGUACGAAGCGGUGCUCGAGUUUGCCAAGCUGGCGCAAAGCCAGCUUGUCGCCGCCCACGCCAAAGAAGAUCUGUUGCCGGCAAUUGACGAAGCGGUGGCGCUUGCCACCUACGGCCUUGGCGUCGUCAAUCUUCACUUCGGCAAGUACGACAAGGCAGAACGACUUUUACGAGAGCUGAGGGUGCGGUCCAAGGAAUGUGGAUACGACGAUUUGCUCGGCGAGAUCGAGCGCGAGUUGGGGAAAUUGUUCGAGGAACGCAAGCGGAUAACUGCCGGCGAGGGUCUGGCGCCACAAGAUAAAAAAGCGAUAAGUUUAGACGUCCACAUUAAGUAA